GCCCUAAGUGGCUGAUGGAAUUUUAUAAAUAAAAAUAAAAACGUGGAAAAUGCGUUAAUUAAGCAUGCCGAUUGUGGUAAUUAGUGGCCUGCCGGCAAGUGGCAAGUCCACUCGAGCCAAACAGCUGCAGGAAUACUUUGUAAGCAGAGGACGAAAGGUGCAUCUAAUAAGCGAAAACGAGGCUGUGCCAAAAGCGCUGUACGAGAAGAACGCAUUCUUUGGUGACUCCCAAAAGGAGAAGGUUGUGCGCAGCGAUCUAAAAUCUGAGGCAUCGCGGCAUCUCAACAAGGAGGAUGUGGUGAUACUAGAUGCCGGCAACUACAUAAAAGGUUUUCGUUAUGAAUUGUAUUGCUUGACGAAGGCGGCACGCACCACGCAGUGCACAGUCUUUAGUUGCAUUCCACAGGCGCAGGCAUGGACAUUCAACACACAGCGCAAUGAGCCCGAUAAACUGGACGAAUCCCUGGAGGAGGAGCAGAAGCAGUUAAAUAAUUCAAGUGUACCAUACACACGGGAGAUUUUCGAUGCAUUGUGCAUGCGCUAUGAGGAACCGCACAGCAACAAUCGUUGGGAUAGUCCGUUAGUUGUUGUCCUGCCGGAGGACACGCUCGACUUGGAGAGCAUCUACAAGGCGCUCUAUGAAACGAAACCAUUGCCACCCAAUCAGAGCACGCAGAAUCCUCCUUUGGGCGCAACGAACUAUCUUUUUGAGCUCGACAUCAUCAUGCAGGACAUCAUCAAGGAGAUCUUGGGUGCCAUUAAAAUUGGCGCCUUUGGGCAGCUGCGUAUUAAGGGUAGCACCAGCACCGUAAAGGUAACGACGUCCAUGAAUGCCCUGCAACUGAACCGGUUAAGGCAAAAGUUCAUCACGAGCACGUGUCGAGCUAGUCAAACGACGCCGGCGCCGCUGGAACAGGUGCCACAAUUGUUUGUGCAAUUCAUCAAUGCCAAUACGACAGGUUGCUAGUGUGAUUUCAAUAAAUAAAUAAUUUUAAAUUCAAA